GAGAGAGAGAGAGACAGAGUGAGGAGGAUGAAUCCUAAACUCUACAUGGCAGCAACUAAGGGGAAUGUGCAUCUUUUCUCAGGAAUCCAUGGAAGAAGCAUAACAGAGGAAGAGGCCAUGCGUAUCGAAGAUGGUAUUUUUCUCAACAGGACGCAACGCGGCAACAACAAUAUCCUUCACAUAGCAGCAAGGGCCGGACGUGAUACCUUCGUUGCGGAAGCUCUACGGCGCUUCCCUUUUCUUUCUGACCAAGUGAACUCACAAGGUGACACCCCUCUCCUUGUCGCAGCUAGGUUUGGUCACCUCCAAGUGGUGAAAACACUUGCGGACCCUAAUAAUGAGCUCCCGAUGCAAGAUGAUAUGGCUACUGCUGUAGAGAAUGGAACAAACCAGAGGAGUAGUCCUCGUCAAAGAGAUGUGGAAGAAGGGCUAGUUGAUCAUCAAUUGGACCAGGGUACGGUACAAGACAAUGUGGCCAUUGUGGAGAAUGAAACAAACUCGAGUAAUAUUAGUCAUCGUCAAAGAGAUGUGGAAGAAGGGCUACUUAAUGAUCAAUUGGAACAGGCUACUUCUUUUGAGAAUGGAACAAACUCGAGAGACAUGACUACUGCUCUAAAGAAUGAAACAAACUCAAGUAGUCGUCAUCGUCCAAGAGAUGUGGAAGAAGGGCUAGAUGAUCAUCAAUUGGAGCAGGGUACUAUACAAGACGGUAUGGCUACUGCUGUGGAGAAUGGAACAAACUCGAGAGGCAUGGCUACUGCCCUAGAGAAUGAAACAAACUUGAGUAGUAGUCGUCGUCCAAGAGAUGUGGAAGAAGGGCUAGAUGAUCAUCAAUUAGAUGUGGCAAUUCCCUCCCAUUGGCGGGUGACAAAUGAGCAGGGUAGUACAAUUACUACAGCUCUACAUGUGGCUCUAAAGAACGGGUACCAGGACAUGGCACGGUAUUUAUUAGGAUUAAAACCUGAAAUGGCAGCCUCUGAUAAUCUUGCUGGAGAGAGCCCACUUUUUUUGGCUGCAGAGUCUCGUUGCGAGCUAUUUAUGGGGGAUAUUUUAUUGUCAAAACGGCCAUAUAGCACAAAAGGUCCCGAUGGACUGAAUGCGCUACAUGCUUCACGACAUUGUUGUGGUGAAAUUAUUUCCUUACUAAUAGAACACAAACCGGAUCUAAUGAGAAAAGUAGAUAACCGAGGAAAGGCAGCCAUUCACCAUGCAGUAGAAGCACAUUGUUGGGAUUUGCUUGAUUGUAUGUUGAUCGCCGACGCUUCCAUGGCCCUCUUUCCCGAUGCUGAGGGUUACACCCCUCUCCUUAGAGCAGCGAGUAGAGGGUAUUGGCUUUUUUGUAAGAUGAUACUCAGGAGAUUUCCAGAAUCAAUCGAGGCACGCAAUCAUCAAGGUCAAAAUGCACUUCAUCUUGGCAAAGUGGAUGCUUUCGCUAUCGCGUUUAAAGUCCUGAAGAUGCCAGAAAUGUGGGAGCUUCUUAAUGUAGGUGAUGAUGAAGGAAACACGCCUUUGCAUCUGGCAGUAAAAGAAAAUGACUAUGAGAAAGCAAUGUUAUUAACUUCUUCGGCUUCAAUUUACUUGGGAGCUGUCAACAAACAAGGUCUUACAGCCUUGGACCUUUGCGAGUCAGAUUGUGAGCAUUAUAGCACAAAGAGAAAAUUGUGGUUUCAUCUAACAAGACACGGAGCCCGACAUGGCCGACACCCUAAUGAGCACGUGGUUCCUCCUUAUGGACCGUGCCUGCUCCAGUUUCCUCCAGAUAAAGAUUUGAAACCUUAUAUUAAUACCUGCGCUUUGGUAGCUGCCCUCAUCGCCACUCUCACUUUUGCCGCUGCAUUCACAAUGCCAGGUGGGUACGACACCAGUCCCGACAAUUUGGGUGAUCCAACUCUUAUUAAGAGGGCCGCACUUAGGGUAUUCAUGUUGUCGGAUACCUUGGCUAUGUGCUGCUCCAUCACUGCGGUGUUCAUACUUACGGGUGCACUGCUUGCUCAACAAGAUGCACUGAUCCGGUUGAUGUACACCAGUGGGAUGUUGCUCAACAUUGCGCUUUUUUCAACUUUGGUGGCUUUUAUGAGCGGUAUGUUUGCAGUACUAGCCCCAAAGGCCUCAUGGGUAGCCAUCUUAGUAUGUAUUGUUUGUUCCAUACCUCUUUAUUUCUUUACAGCCAGAAAACUUCAGACCGCUCCAGUACUUGGUACCUUGUUUAUUCCAGUUCUUCCUAGAGACAUUCGUCCAGCAAUACAGAAUCUACUGUGGACUUAUAAAAAAAUGAGGGAGCAGUGUCGUGUUCGAUCACUAAUUCAAAGAGGGUAUCCGGAUACUACUUAUUGUGCAAGUAAUGCUAACACCGUACCAAGCUAGCUAGCUGGCUGGUGUCAGAAAACAAUCUUGACUGAGGGUAAUUGGUGGUGUAGGCCAUGGUAUGCUUAUUAGUGAGAGACGAAUUAGUUGAUUAAGGAGUUGGAAGUUGGAUAAUUGAGUUGUAAUGUGGUUGUAGUCCUUCAUGAUCUGUCUGUAUUUGAUUCUAUAUAUUUGUAUGCAUAGAUGUUAUUGUGUGAAACUGGGAGAGAGAGAAGAGUAAAAGAGAGAGGAACGGGGAACACCGGAUGGGAUGUUCCCCCCACCCACUGGAUCUAUGAUUGAGAUUUGAGAUGUUUUGAGC